UUAUCAGUUAGGCUACUCUGGGCUGUAACUUCACCUCUCAAAUAAAAUGCAUUGUUGUUCCAACAAAACAACAGCGUAAAGACAGUUAAGAGUUCAGAAAUACGUCGCCUACAAAAGGUAGGGCCUAUUAGUUUAACAAUUAAAUACGUUUACAUUACGUUUAAAUAUAUAAACGUAAAGCUUAUUAAAUAUAGGCCUAUAUUUUUGUCAGCUCUGUCAACAGCGAUCAGAUGAUAGUGUAACAGUUAUAAGACAGGAAGUCCAGAGAUUAUAUUAAUGCAACAGCCUAUUAAUAUCUCUAAUUAUGCUUCGAUUCAAAAUGUAUUCUUUCCUGUUUAAUUGUGGCUUCCUGUGGAGAGCAUGACGCAACUCCUUGUGCGCUUGCUGUGGGUAAAGUGUGCACCGGAGACGAACUGUCGCAACAGUAGACGUUGCUAAGAAAACGAAAGCACAGCCUACAUUAAAUGCUCACGAGGAGACUUCACUUGGUAGGGGUGUAGUUAAGCCUAUCUAUUUGACAAGGUCGAGCUCAUCGCGUGUGGUGCUAAGUGCUGACAGCCGGUUGUACAAUAAAUGUUUUCAUAGUUGCUCUAUGUAAGGGAACACACAAAUAUUCUGAUCCACACGAGUGAGAAACUGCAAGACACCGAGGAGACCUACUACAGCAUCUUUUCAAUCAUUAUGGCUCCACAUCCCCUAAUCCAGCCAAUUAUUGACUUCUCAGCUGGAGCAAUAGGUGGUACAGCUUGUGUGCUGAGUGGUCAGCCGUUUGACACCACAAAGGUGAAGAUGCAGACGUUCCCCACCAUGUACCGCGGCUUCAUCCACUGCUUCACGUCGACCUUCAGGCAGGUGGGACUACGUGGUUUCUACAAAGGCACAACCCCAGCCCUUAUAGCCAACAUCAGUGAGAAUGCUGUGCUCUUUGUGAGUUAUGGUCGCUGCCAGGAUGUGAUCCGCUUUGUGUCCAACACGGAUAAGGGGGCCGAUCUCAGUGAUCUUCAGAAGGCAUCCGCAGGGUCUUUAGCCUCCAUCUUCUCCGCUAUGGCAAUAUGCCCCACCGAGCUGGUGAAAUGUCGCCUGCAGGCAAUGCACGAAAUGGAAGCAUCUGGCCAGAUCACAAAAGGACCGAGAAGCACAGUGUGGACAGUAGUGAAGACAGUGUUGAAGACAAACGGUCCCCUGGGUUUCUACCAAGGACUGACAUCCACCAUUGUGAGGGAGAUACCAGGUUACUUCUGCUUUUUUGGGGCCUAUGAACUGUGUCGGUCCAAAUUUGCACAGUACAUGGGCACUGACAAGGACAGUAUAGGUAUUCUUCCACUCAUGUUCAGUGGUGGAUUUGGGGGAGCUUGUCUUUGGUUGGUGGUUUAUCCCAUAGACUGUGUGAAGUCCAGGAUCCAGGUACACUCUUUAACUGGGAAGCAGAAGGGCUUCAUGAAGACCUCCAUCAGUAUCAUGCGCACUGAGGGGUUCACUGCUCUGUACUCUGGUCUGACUCCUACCAUGAUACGCACCUUCCCUGCCAACGGAGCACUCUUUCUUGCUUACGAGUUCAGUCGCAAGUUCAUGAUGGAGAAAGUUGGUGCCUGAGGUGGAGGAUCUUUACACUUGAAGCAAAUCUUCUGUGACAGUAAGAGAAGUAGGAUUAAGCAACUGCUGAAUUAUGAGUAAUCCAGCAUGAUGGAAAAUUAAACAGAUGUGGUCAUCCCCCCCAAAUAAAAAGGCUCACACAUAUCGAUUUUUGCUGUGCUUUUGAUUUUUUUUACUUCCAUUAAAAAAAAAAAAAAAAAAAAAACUAAAAAAUGAUCCUGGUUGCAUUUCAAACUCAUCAACUCAUCAAGGACAAAGGGAGCCUGUUGUGUUGUGUGUAGUGUUACUGUAACAACAUGAUUCACAUUUACUUUUGUACUAUAAGCAGUGAGCUGGCUUUAUCAUGUGACAGUACAUUAAAGGAACUUCAUCCAAAAAUUAUCGUAACAAGCAGCUCACAUGCUGGUUCUUAUGAUACACAUACACUGUGUACUGUGCUGCUUCACAUCAAAGAAAUUCCUUUUUUUGAUUUUGUAGUCAGGCUGUUUAACAUACUGUAAUUAUGUAACCCUCUGUUAUACAACACUUUGCAAUAAAUAUAAAAUUGAUGAUGUA